AUGGGCGUGACUGCGGCUCCACUCAUGGCCUACUUGCACAAGGGCGCUCCUGCUUUGGUGCGACUCUUCUCCUUGAAAUCCCAUGAGGACGUCCACCUCCUACGCCUCACCGAGCCGGCGAAGCAUCUUCAGGCCUCGCGGAGGUUCCUCGCGGUGGGCUUCGCCAAGCAGGUGGAGCUUUUCGAUGCUUUGCACUUCCAGGUGCUUUUUAGUGUGCAGUGUCACGGUGCCUUGGGCCCAACCUUUGCACUUGGACAUCGGUGGCUGGCAUACAACCUACCACCCCAUGAGACUGUUCCUUGGAGUGAAGUGUCAUCAUCCAGUGGUGCAGUGGCCCAUGCACCGGGUGUGCGGCGUCAACUGCCGACGGCGUUGAAGGAUGGCUUGCAGUAUUUGGGCCAGGUGGGGCAGAGGACGCUGGAUCAGGUCUUCAUGCCUCCGAGUACUGAGCCUUGGCCAUGCAAGGAUAAAAAGGACGAUACCUUGUCCACAUCGAGCCCUGGAAGCUUGCGCAGUGGAAGCAUCGCGGUGCGAGAUGUGGCAUCGCAAAAUGUGAUCUCGCAAUUCGAGGACCACAGCGAGCCCAUCGAAGCGAUGAUUUGGGACCCCUCGGGGCUCCAAUUGGUGACCUGCGGAGCCUUAGGACAUCGGAUCCUGGUGCACCGAGCCAUGCUGGGCACAGGGGACACCCUGCUGGAGCAAGGAGGUUUGGCAGGGACUUUGGGUUUUCUCCGCUUUGAGCACCUCUUCACGCUCUCUCGUGGCUUAACCCCUGCGGUGAUCAGUGGCCUUUGCGUUUCAGACGACGCGCAGCUUGUCGCCGUGUCCUCGGCGAAGGGCACCACGCAUGUCUUCCACUUGCCACCCUUCCACGCUCAGCGCUACGACCGGCUGCUGGAGCCCGGCGCCGUCGCGCGGCACGGCGCCGGCAGUCGCAGUCCGGUGGGCCUCAACGUGUGCACCCGCGUGCGGAAUGGCUCGGUACCUCGGACGGAGAUGGGCGAUGAGUGGGCGGCCUCCCUGCUGCGUGAGACCCGCAUUUGCCGCCCUCUGCGGCACUUCUGCGAGCGCCGCCUCGCCGAGCGCGGCCCUUUGGUGCCGCGGUCGGAGCGGGCUCCGGAGGAGGCCGAGCCGUCGACGUGGCUGGCGGAGGCGGAGACGGCCACGCAGCUGCCCCUCGAGGUGCCGCUGUGGAUGUCUCCUCAAUUGCGUUUCUACGCCUACCCCAGCGAUCUGCCCCCGGAGCGGCUGAACGCCCAGCUCCGCCGGGGCCUGGCACCGCCGCCGUCGCGCCGCGCCGUGGAGAUCACCGCGGUGCAGGGCGUGCCGCCGACGGGGUGGCGGAACGACGAGUGCGGCGAGUGGCUGGGCGCGCUGGGGGCGGCCGUGGGCAGCGAGGUGGCGGCUCCUCGAGAGGGAGUGCUGAGAGGACAGAGAGGAGUGAGGGAAGAAGAGGAGGAGGAAUGGGUGAAGGCUUAA